CUCCCGCGGCAGCAGGUCCCCUUGGUCUCCGCCCCCUCCAGCUCCUCCAAAACUCCCCGCCGCCCCCCAGAGCAUAUCCUGCUCCGGCGGCGAUGAGGGGCAGGCGCGUCGACCUCAUAAACGUGGCCCUCCCGGAGGAGCUCCUGGAGGAAGUGCUCCUCCGCGUGGGCGGCGCCAAGCGCGACCUGGACGCCUGCGCCCUCGUCUGCCGCCGCUGGCGCCGCCUCGAGCGCGGCACGCGCCGGUCCGCCAAGCUCCCGGCCUCCGGGGCUGGAGCCAACGAGCUGGCCCGCCUGGUCGCCGAGACGUUCUCCGCGCUCGUCGAUGUCAGAGUGGACGAGCGCCUCUCCGCCGGCACCGGUCCCGGUCUCGUCGCCGUCCCGCCGCCUGGAUCGCGCCGCCGCAGAGUUAGCGGGAGCACAUCUGCGCGCCGCAGAAGGAUGUCCCGCUCGCGAUGGUUAUUUCCAUCGGACCAGACAGCCAAUGGUGAUGGGAUAGAGGGCAAUUUUUUCACCGAUGUUGGCUUGACGAAUCUCGCAGAAGGUUGCAAAGGGCUUGAAAAACUAAGUCUCAAAUGGUGUACUAACAUCACUUCGACUGGCCUAGUGAGAAUAUCAGAGAAUUGUAAGAAUUUGACUUCUUUGGAUAUCGAGGCUUGCUAUAUUGGAGAUCCAGGACUUGUUGCUAUUGGGGAAGGCUGCAAGCGACUUAAUAAUUUGAACUUGAAUUAUGUUGAAGGCGCAACAGAUGAAGGCUUGAUUGGACUAAUAAAGAACUGUGGACCAUCACUGAUUUCUCUUGGUGUUACUAUUUGUGCUUGGAUGACUGAUGCAUCUUUACGUGCUGUUGGAUCCCACUGUCCUAAACUUAAAAUCCUGUCACUGGAAGCAGAACAUGUUAAAAAUGAGGGAGUGAUAUCUGUCGCUAAAGGAUGUCCCUUGUUGAAAUCUUUAAAGCUACAGUGUGUUGGUGCUGGCGAUGAGGCUCUAGAAGCUAUUGGUUCAUAUUGUUCGUUCUUAGAAAGCUUUUGCCUCAAUAACUUUGAAAGAUUUACGGACAGGAGCCUUUCUUCCAUUGCAAAAGGUUGCAAGAAUCUCACAGAUCUUGUUCUCAGUGAUUGCCAAUUGCUAACUGAUAAAAGCCUUGAAUUUGUGGCACGCAGCUGCAAAAAAAUAGCACGUAUAAAGAUCAACGGUUGUCAGAAUAUGGAAACUGCUGCACUGGAGCACAUUGGACGAUGGUGCCCGGGUCUUUUGGAGCUCUCUCUAAUUUACUGCCCAAGGAUCCGCGAUAGUGCAUUUUUGGAGCUUGGUAGAGGCUGCUCCCUUCUCCGUUCUCUUCAUUUAGUUGACUGUUCAAGAAUAAGUGAUGAUGCUAUCUGCCACAUAGCUCAAGGUUGCAAGAACUUAACUGAACUUUCCAUUCGCCGUGGUUAUGAGAUAGGAGAUAAAGCAUUGAUAUCAGUUGCCAAGAAUUGUAAAUCACUUAAAGUGUUAACACUCCAAUUUUGUGAGAGGGUAUCUGAUACAGGGCUGUCUGCAAUUGCUGAAGGUUGCUCUCUUCAAAAGUUAAACUUGUGUGGCUGCCAAUUAAUCACUGAUGAUGGACUGACUGCCAUUGCAAGAGGAUGUCCUGAUCUUAUCUUUCUGGAUAUAGGUGUUCUCCAGAUCAUAGGAGACAUGGCGCUGGCAGAGAUUGGCGAAGGUUGCCCCCAGCUUAAGGAGAUUGCACUCUCGCACUGCCCAGAAGUCACCGAUGUCGGCCUGGGACACCUCGUCAGGGGGUGCUUGCAGCUGCAGGUGUGCCACAUGGUAUACUGUAAGAGAAUAACCAGCACCGGAGUAGCGACUGUGGUCUCGAGCUGCCCGAGGCUGAAGAAGCUCUUCGUCGAGGAGGCUAAGGUCAGCGAGAGGACACGGCGUAGGGCAGGACCCGUCUUAGCCUUCCUCUGCACCGGGAUUUAGUUCCAGAAGAUAAAAAUGUUGUGUUACAUUAAACUCCGUCGUUUACAAAUUAGCAGCUGCGCUGAAGUUGCUGGACUUCAAUACCUUUAUAGCUCAAAAAUGUUGUAUGGAACUGUUGUACCAAAUCAAGAUGUUGUAUCCACUAUGUAAACAAAAUAAAACACAAGUUAUGAAUAAAUUGGGCAUUGUCCCCCUCUUAUGUUA